UGGGACCCACCAUUCCCAAAUUCCACCAGUAGCAUGACCCAUAUACUAUGUCCUAAUCACAUUACCUACUCUUCCAACUCUACUAAAAUUACAAACAAAUGCAUAAAAACAUAUGAAGCUCAUUAUGAAAAUGCUGAAAUUUAACUAUCAUAUGAAAACAAAUUUCCCAACAAGAACAAAAAACAGAUAAAGAAUGUUUUUUUCUUUCUUUCAUGUUGUAAGAAGUUGGAUUCAACUUUCAUGCUUCAAGAAUAUAUCCAAUUUCAGGUAAAUUUCCAUCCUUUAUCUUCCUUUUUCUCUGCAAAUUCUACAUAUUAAGCUUCCAUGGAAAACAAUAAAAACUCCACCAUUUUGUUGUUUUUCUGGGUUACCUCUGUUCUGUUUAGUGUUUCAUCUUCAUUGAAUUCAGAUGGGGAAGCUUUAAUUUCACUUUUGAGUAGAUGGGUAGUUCCAAAAUCUAUGGAACAUAGUUGGGAUUCUUCUGAACUUACCCCAUGUUCUUGGAAAGGUAUUGAAUGUGACAAAACCCAGAAUGUGGUUUCUCUUAACUUGUCCAAUCUAGGGAUUUCUGGUCUUUUGGGACCUGAAAUUGGGCAAUUAGGCCAUUUACAAACCCUUGAUCUUCGUUCAAACGCAAUAUCUGGUUCCAUCCCUAUUGAAAUUUCCAAGUGUAGUCUUCUACAGGUGAUGGACCUAUCAGUAAACAAUCUCACAGGUAAUAUCCCUAAAAAUAUAGGAAACUUGCAAAAUCUGCAGCAAAUUAGCCUGUUUGAGAAUUCACUUAUAGGCAAGAUUCCUGUUUCUUUGUUUCAAAUCCCACAAAUUCAGACUGUUUUCUUUAGCGAUAACCAGCUUAGUGGGCCCAUCCCUUCAAAUCUAGGGAAUGCAUCUGAACUUGUGUAUUUUUGGGUUAACAGCAACCACCUAACUCAAGCUAUACCACCUUCCAUUGGGAAUUGUUCUGCACUCCAAGAAUUGUAUCUAAACGACAACCGUUUUACUGGUGUGUUGCCUUCGAGUCUGAUCAAUCUGGAAAAUCUGACUGAUCUUGAUGUGAGCACAAACAGGCUAGAGGGUAAUAUCCCAUCAUUCGGUUCUCGUAGCUGCAGGAAUUUGGAUAGAUUAGACUUGUCAGAAAACCAUUUUAGUGGGGUAAUCCCACAAUCCCUGAGCAAUUGUCGCGGUUUGUCAGUCUUCUCGGUUGUGGCUAACUAUCUAACAGGGACAAUUCCGACUUUCUUUGAAUCAUUCACCGAACUAACAACUCUUUACCUAUCGGAGAACUCGUUCACAGGGACGAUACCCCCUGAGCUUGGAAAUUGCAAGUCUUUGACCAAGUUGCAGUUGAAUGACAAUAAACUCGAGGGUGAAAUCCCAAGCGAACUUGUAAGGUUAACAAACUUACAAGUCCUUCGCUUACAUAAUAAUAGCCUGACAGGCGAGGUUCCACUAGGAAUAUGGAAGAUACCGAGCCUCGAGCUGCUUUUAAUUUAUAAUAACAACUUGUCAGGGGAACUGCCUGUUGAAUUAGCUGAUCUCAAACACCUCAAGAAUCUUACUUUAGCCGAUAACCAGUUCUCUGGAACGAUACCAUUUCACUUGGGGAUUAAUAGUAGUUUGGUAGUGAUCGAUUUCACGAAAAAUAAGUUUACCGGAGAAAUUCCGCCCAAUCUUUGCUUCAAUAAACAACUUCAAGUACUAGACAUGGGUGGCAAUAUGCUCAGUGGAAGCAUACCGCCUGAGCUUGGAAGUUGCUCUAGUUUGAUAAGGUUGAGAUUUGAACGAAAUAAUCUCACCGGGGUGAUUCCAGAGUUUAUGGAACACCAUAGCCUCUCUUUCAUUGACUUGAGUGGAAAUCGGAUUCUUGGGAAUGUGCCUUUAAGCCUUGGUAAUUGUCAUAAUCUUUCAUGGAUCAACUUCACCGCCAACGAACUUUCAGGCUCGCUACCUCCAGAGCUCGGAAAGUUGACUCAACUUGGUUCGGUUUUUAUGUCUCGCAAUAGAUUGGAUGGCAUUUUGCCGCCUGAUAUAGGCAACUGGCGUAAUUUGCUUAAGUUGGACCUUUCUUUCAAUCUUUUCAACGGAUCCAUACCCACAAGUCUUAGAAGUUUGACAUCGUUAUCGUUUUUAGAUUUGAGUGAAAACCGCUUCACUGGAGAAAUUCCGUCAUAUUUGUCUGAGCUUCAGAUGCUCCAAGAGCUUCAUCUUGGAGGAAAUAUACUAGAAGGAUCGAUUCCAUCCUCAAUCACAGCAUCAGAGAAUUUGAUCCUCUCUGCCUUGAAUCUUAGUGGCAAUCGUUUGACAGCGCACUUGCCCCCUGAUCUCCGUAAUUUGGGCAGUCUACGAUGGAUUGAUGUAUCUCACAACCAUCUAACAGGGUCAUUAGAAUCGCUUGCAAAUAUGUCGGGUUUAGACACCAUCAACAUCUCGUAUAAUCUUUUCUCAGGUCCAAUUCCUCCAUCGUUGUUGAAGUUCUUCGACAAAUCACCCUCAUCAUUUCUUGGGAAUCCUGAGCUAUGUUUAGACUGCUCUAACUCUGGCACUGCUUGUAUGCAAAACGAACAUCUCAAACUUUGUAGUACUAAGCCGAUGAAUCACAAAGGACUGCGCAAAGUUUACAUUGCAAUGAUCAUCCUUGGAUCAUCAAUCUUCCCGUUGCUCGCUGCACUUGUUCUGAUCUGUUUAUUUUGUAAACAGAGAAGAAAAUAUAUUGAAGAUGCAAGCAACGAGAGUUCUUAUACAUUCAACAAAAUCAUGGAAUCUACCGGACAUCUUGAUGAUCACCACAUCAUUGGAAGAGGAGCCCACGGAACUGUCUACAAGGCGGUGUUAGGCCCAGACGAAGUUUAUGCUGUCAAGAAGCUUUCUUUUAGUGAAGAAAGAAGUGCAAGCAUGAGCAUGGCACGAGAAAUCGAGACACUAGGACAGAUCAGGCAUAGGAAUUUAGUGAAAUUGAAGAAUUUCUGGUUGACAAGAAAUUAUGGCCUAAUACUGUAUGAAUACAUGGAAAAUGGUAGCCUUAGUGAUGUACUUCAUCGGACAAGCCCUUUAUCGGUAAUAAGAUGGGAUGUUCGCUACAAGAUAGCUCUCGGAACAGCCCAUGGAUUAGCCUACCUUCACUUUGAUUGUGAUCCUCCUAUUCUACACCGCGACAUUAAACCUGAGAACAUACUCCUCGACUGUGAAAUGGAGCCUCACAUUUCUGAUUUUGGCAUCGCAAAACUUCUCGAUCAACCUUCCAUAUCAACGCAUUCAAUUGCUGUUCCUGGGACUAUAGGCUACAUUUCACCAGAAAAUGCGUAUGCAACAACGUGGAGUAAGGAGUCGGAUGUGUACAGCUAUGGGGUGGUUUUGCUCGAACUAUUAACGAGGAAGCGAGCAGUGGAUGCAUCGUUUCCUGAGGGGAUCGACUUAGUUGGAUGGGUGAGGUCAGUAUGGAGCUGUUCGGAGCAGAUUGAUAAGGUGAUUGAUCCCUCACUUCUAGAUGAGUUUCAAGAUUCAAAAGUCAUGGAGCAAGUUUAUGAUGUAUUGUUCAUAGCAUUGAAAUGCACUGAAAAGGAAUCAAGAAAAAGGCCUACUAUGAGAGAUGUUGUUAAGCUGUUAGAAGAUGCAAAUCUUGUUGUAAGAACAUAAAAAGAGUCCUCGAAGUCUUGGCUACAAGACCUUGUGUUUUCUUAACGUCUGUAGUGUAUAUAUAUAUAUAGAGGGGCAGAGCAAAGGUUUUAAAUGUCCUAUUUAAUUUUACGAUUUCUUUUAAAA